CACUUGAACGGGCCAGGGCGCUUAUUGUUUUUUUUUGAUGGUGAGUUAAAUGAUGGCUCUGAUUUAGAUCGGAUAUUUUGAGUGAAAUUAUAUUAACUAGAAGUCUAAAAACUUGAGUGAAAUCAGCGAAGCCGAUGGUUGGAGAAAGAUCUCAAGAAGGAUAUCCCGUACAGAGCUUGACGAGCGAGAAGCUGGCAAUGUUGUCGCGUCUCAACUUAUUUACCUCCGCACAAGCCGACUGCAAAAACACAACAGACGCAAGCGAUGCUUGGGCGUUGAAGCGAUCUAUCAGCACGCCGAAACUGAAUGUUCAGCAGCUUGGAUCUUUGGAGUUUUGCAGCAGUUCGAAACAGUCGACUUGUGGCUACUGUUACGAUACCGUUGACCAACUGAAAAGUUGUCUGUCCUGUUCGCACAUAAUUUGCGACGGAUGUCUGAAUUCGACCUUGAUAUGUCCAGUAUGCGGAAACGAAUCGAUCGACACGUCGGCGCUGUAUGACAUUCCAGCGGAUUUGUCGAUGAUUCAUCAUACCUCAAAACGAGAUGGAGACACGCCGAGAUUCGUUCAAUUACGGCAAUCUUCAGGUGAGAAGCAGACAGGCAUUCGAAUCUCGAGUCCGCCCAGCGCCCAGAAGUUGCCAACUGAGAGGAUAACGGAAAGCAGCAGCAGCAGCAGCAGCAAUAAAGCGACUCCCAACUCGAACAAUUCGUCCAAUUGUACUUCUUGCGAGGAAGAUGUGCCUGCGUUUGCGGCAUGUGAGGAGUGCAAUGAGCUGAUGUGCAUGAAUUGCACCAGUGCACACUCGCGACUCAAGGUCACCAAAGACCACAACCUGAGUCUCGUCAAGCACCACGCGGUGGGGGGAUCAUCGAACGUGCAGCAGGCAUUAGAGAGACGAAACAGCUGCCCCACCAAAAACAACAACAACCACAACAAGAACAACAACAACAACCAUCAUAAUCUAAGCAAUAAUAACGAAUGCGUGGACGACAGCGGGUUGGUGUCGGCUAAUAAGAGUGGAGAGUACUCGGUGGAUACUAGCUCGGUGGUGGUAAGAAGUAGCGAAUGCUCGCUGCACUGUCUGCCUGUCACGGGCAUCUGCAAGGAGUGUGAACAGAGGGGCUGUGACAAGUGUUGGGAGUUUGGUCACCGCAAGCAUUUCAUUAUGAGGGCUGCUGCAGUGAUUGAACACGUCGAAAGUGCACGGAAAAAGGCGGCGGAUCUGAUGCCGCUGAUAGAGGAGAUGGAGGGGAUGACGGAGACGGUGGAGAAGGAGGUGGAGGAGGAGGCUGAGAGGCGGCGACAGGAGGUGGACACUUGUUACACGGCACUCAUUCACGCACUGCAGCAGAAGCAGGACCUGUCCCUCCACAGAAUAGAAGAGGUGAAGGCUAGUUGUGCGUCGAGUGUGCACAUGAAGCGGGAGGUGCUGAAGAAGAUGCACUCCAAGUGCUCCACCCUCCUCCAACACUACUCUGACUGCAAUGUGAACUACUUGUACGAGACAGACCUCCCACACUUCAUCAAGUACUGCUUCAAGAUUACCUCUUUGAACCAGGAGAUCAUGCAGUGCCAUGACAGCGAAUACCAACCCUUCCUCCUCUCGCCCCUCAAAUCUGCCCCUGCCCCCCUCCUCCAGUUCCAAGUUGCCCCCAAUGCCAUGGAACUGCUCCAGUCUAUCUCCGUUCUGAACUCGACAGCCACCUGUCCGGAAAAGUGUCUGGCUAAGGGCACUGGUCUAUCCGACUCCAUCGUCAACAAGAUUGCCACUUUCGUAGUGCAGGCGGUUGACUACUUCGGCCAUCGCAGAGGGGUGGGAGGAGAUUUGAUCAAGUGCAUGGUGACUCCAAUCGAGAACAAAUUCCUCUCGCGCAAAAUCCACUACAACGUCAUUGACAACCAAAACGGAAGCUACAGUGUGCAGUAUUGCAUAGACACGGAAGGAUCUUACAAAUUACAUGUAGUCAUGAACAACUUCAAGAUAGGCCAAAGUCCCUUCAUAGUGAAGGUGAUAAAAGGUAGAAGCUACACAGAUCUCAGAGGACAGACUCCCAAGUUGAUCUUUGGAGGCGAAGGUUCCGAAGACGGACAACUUUGCCGACCCUGGGGGAUCUGCUGUGACUCGGAAGGCAACAUUUACGUCGCGGACAGAAGUAACAACAGAAUUCAAGUUUUCGAUCAGAGUGGAGUUUUCAAGUUUAAAUUCGGAAAAGAAGGAACUCGAACAGGUGAGUUCCAGAGACCGGCCUCAGUUGCGGUGGAUAGCAAAUUGAAACGACUCAUAGUUGCCGACAAGGAUAAUCACCGAUUGCAAGUGUUCAGAUUAGAUGGGACAUUCGUUUCAGUGAUUGGUGAGAAGGGAGCUGGCAAAGGCCAGUUCACCUACCCAUGGGACGUGGCUGUCAGCUCUCAAAGUGAUAUUUUAGUCUCUGAUACGAGAAACCACAGGGUUCAGAUGUUCAAUUCGAACGGAGUCUUCAAGUAUCAGUAUGGCUUGAAGAACCAGUGCGAAGACUGGCAGGAGCACUUUGACUCUCCCAGAGGAGUCUGUUUUACGGCAAACGACUGCGCCUUGAUAACUGACUUCAAUAAACAUAGAGUUCUGGUGACAGAGCCUGAUUUUAAUAAAGCGAAUUAUUUCUCACAAGAAGGCGAGGGCAUUGACUGCCUGAAAAGACCGCAAGGCAUCUGCGUAGAUCCGCAGGGACUCGUUUUGAUCUCGGAUUCCAGGAACCACAGGGUGCAAGUGUUCACCGUGCAGGGCAGUGCUAUUGCCAGCAUCGGAGGGAUCCAGGGCACAGGUGUGAACGAAAUGGACCGGCCGGCUGGCAUCUGUGUGUCACCAACGGGCACUGUCUUGGUUGUGGAUUUCGGAAACAACCGAAUUCUCGGCUUCUAAUCAACGAAAUACAAUCUUAACGAAAUAAUAGCCUUUGUUUUCAACUGAACAACCGAUUUAUGUGCCAAAAUUUUAUGUGACAGUGUGCUAUGUAACUUACCUGUUGAUUGACUUGUAAAUAUCUUUGAUGAAGCUAGAGGCUAAUUGCGGACACUUGAGUUGCAUGAGCUGUAAUGCAUAUUUUAAACGUAAUUCAAUCAAUCAUUAAUGUUAAUGUGUAAUUUUCAAUUGUCAUCUUGGCUCUUUGACUGACUUGAGAUUCCAAACUUGGUCGGUAUCUUUGAAAUGACUAAGUGACUGAAUGAUAAAUGAGCUACGAAAGUGAAGUUGUAAUUGAAUUAUCAACAAAUUUAAUCAGUUUUGCUACAAAUUUAACUUCAAUCAGCAAAUAAAUGAAAUCUGCAUAA